AUGUCCAACCAACCGACCCUCCUCCCCUCCCUCCUCGCUCUCCAAUCCCCUACCUCCCUUCCCCUCUUACUCUCCCGCCUCUCCCUUCAGGCCCUUCACAUCCAGCCCUACCAUAUCCGAGACGACAUCUACUCCGCCACCACCUCGGUCAUCCCCGGCCAGCUGCGCAACCUGCGUUUACGAGCUGAACGGGUCGCCUCGCCGAGCUAUACCGCCAAAGGCAAGGGCAAGGGGAAAGGCAGAGCUCAAGAGGUAGACGAGGCGGAUGAGGGACGGGAGUACACCUUGACGUAUAUCUCUCCGCCGAUGAAUGGGCGGGAGUAUGCGGAGAUGAGUGUGCGAGCGUGUAUUGGGUUGGAGGUUGCUGGGGAGAGUACAAGAAAGGAGAUUGAGGGGUUCAUACAGCUACUUGGAUUCAAACACUCCCAUUCGUACACACGUACAGGCUACCUCGUCCACCUUCCUCUCCCUCUGCCAUCUAGCACACCAAUGACAAUACACCUCGCCAUCACGCGGCUCUCGAUGGAUCAGCCACCUGACAGCACCGCCCAAGAACCUCCUCCAACUCCAACUCCAGCGCCAACGUCAGAGCCCUACCUACUUACGCUGCAGCCAUCUCGCCCUGUGCAGGCCGUAUCGGCGCGAGGCGAGCCGGGGUUGGAAGAUAUGAUGCGCGUCAUGCGGGACGUCGCCGACCGCAUAGAAGGGGUACAAUGGGAGACGGGCAGACUGUAG